GGUACGAUAGUUCAGCCAAAUUAGGAAAAACAAAAACACUUGCUUGGUGAGAAAAAUAUCCUCGCCUAUCACGUGCUUCAAUCACCCCACGAAUAUUGAAGCAUUUUCGUUGCUCCUAUUUCUUUUUCUCUAAUUAAAUAUCUUUAUAUAAUUUCCCGAGACGGCUUGAGGCUUAGGUCAUUGAAUAUCAACCAUAUUUCCCCAUAUAUAUAUAUAGAACCGUUGCUUAUUCUUGGAGGCCACCACCACAGUUCACACUUUCUUUGUUUCUUAUUGAGUUUUUGGCUUCUCACUUCUUUUUUUCUUUCACACUCUCAACGAAGUGAUUUAUAACAGUGUUUAAUUGAAAUUCCAAACAUGGAUUGGGUUCGAGGAGACGCUGUCGGACGAGGAAGCUUUGCUACCGUUAGUUUAGCUAUUCCAACGACGAAUUACAAUCAGUUUCCGUCUCUAACCGUGGUUAAGUCCGCUGACGCUCAAACCUCGUGCUGGCUCAGAAACGAGAAACACGUGCUGGAUCGCCUAGGUUCGUGUCCGAGGAUAAUUCGCUGCUUCGGAGAUGACUGCAGUUUCGAGAACGGCGUCGAGUACUACAAUUUGUUCCUCGAAUACGCCGCCGGCGGGAGUCUCGCCGACGAAUUGAGGAACCACGAUGGCAGGAUUCCCGAGCCUCAGGCUCGGGAAUACACGAGGGACAUCGUGGAGGGUUUGAGCCACGUGCACAAAAACGGGUUUGUUCACUGCGAUAUAAAGCUGCAGAACAUCCUCGUAUUCGAGGACGGAAGGAUUAAAAUUGCGGAUUUCGGCCUCGCGAGGGAGGCAGGGGAGAGACAGGGGAAGAAGAGUGAAUGCAGGGGGACUCCGAUGUUUAUGUCGCCGGAGCAAGUGACCGGCGGCGAGUGUGAAUCGCCCGCGGAUAUAUGGGCUUUGGGAUGUGCAGUUGUGGAGAUGGUGACCGGGAAACCGGCGUGGCAGGUGGAGAAUGGGUCGAGCAUGUGGUCGCUGUUGCUUCGAAUUGGGGUGGGACAAGAGGUUCCCGAGAUCCCUAAUAAUUUGUCCGAAGAUGGAAAAGAUUUCAUUGAAAAAUGUUUCAUUAAGGAUCCUAAGAAGAGGUGGAGCGCAGAAAUGCUAUUGAAACACCCUUUUCUACUCAACGAUGACACUGUUUCAUUUAAGCGCGUUCAUGAGUCGCCCAGAAGCCACUUUGAUUUCCCCGAUUGGGUUUCUAGCGUGGCGAAUUCGCUUCCCAGUUCGCCGGAAUUUCAAGAAAAGUGGGGUUUUGAUGAUGAGUUCUGUUCGCCGGAGGACCGGCUCCGGCAGCUUUUGACUGUUAAUCGGCCGGCGAGUUGGUCGGAAUCAGAUGGGUGGAGUAGUGUUAGGUGAAAUUGGGGGUUUUCAAGAUUGUUCAACGAAAUGGUUCGAUUUUGAUUAUAUUCAGAUUCUUUGAUUUUUAAUUGUUGUAAAUUGGGUAGGAUAUACAUACAUACACAUUACAUUCAUGAUUUGUGAACUGACUUUGAUGGAAGAGUUUUAACUUGUGCCGGUUGUGGCCCGUUGUACAGAGGCUCAUUCUGCCGUAUAAAUACCAUGGUUUUGCUUUUACUCA